GGAGGAUUGAGACACUGGCGGGUAAACAGCUGGACGCAGCAGCCAUCAGGAACCGUCUCCACUUUAUUUAUUUCCGUUUGAUCCCUGCCCGGUAUUAACUAGCUGGUUAUUGGUAGGUACUUAACUGCCUGCUGCGUCGUCUGGGACGCAACACAUGCUUGCAGGGACAAUGACUCGCAAAAGGAAGUUGUGUGAAAUUGUUGAUGCGGAGUGGAACAGUGCAGAAGAUGUAGGAGAAAAGGAUUCUUCACAAUCCACUGUAGAUGCACAAGAAACCCUCUAUGUCUGUGUCAUGGACCAGAGUCAGGAGGAAGCUGUUGAUGAUUUCAGUGCACCUCCUGCAGGUCAAAGUAAUAGUGAAACAUCUGAACCUAGGAAGAUUACCACCAAGAGAAAGAUUGUUUCUUCUGAAGUGCUGAUGAAUCGGAUAAGUUUAAACUGUGAGUGGAACAUGUGUUGUGCCAUAUACAGGAAAAUGGAGCAAUUUGUGUCUCAUGUUGCUGAUCAUCUUUCUGCUGAAACAGGACCUCCGUCAGGUGAUGGAUAUCUGUGUCACUGGCGAGAAUGUGGAUUUGUGUGUAGCACGAAGGAUGAGCUUGAACGGCAUGUGUUCUUCCAUGCUUUCCAUUCUAAAAUCAAAGGUCUUGGUGCAAUCCUGAUGGAGGACAGAGAGGAACAGUGCAUUUUGGAUAAUAGUGGUCAUAACAUGAUACCAGAGAUUCCAGAACCAUUUCAUUGCAUGUGGGAAGAAUGUGUUUUAAAAUUUGUCUCUGCACAAGAUUUCUACUGGCAUGUUCUAGGCCAUGUACAGUGCACCGAUCCUUCUGGUCCUGACAAGACAUUCUUUUGUGCCUGGGAAGGAUGUAAAGCUGGUUUCAGGCUAAAGAUUCGACUUAGAGAUCACACUCGCAGUCACACACAGGAGAAACUCAUUGGCUGUCCUAAUUGCGGUGGAAUUUAUGCUUCCAACACCAAAUUCUUUGAUCAUUGCAUUCGUCAAAUUCCACUUAAUUCUCAGCAGUUCCAGUGUUCUCACUGCUCAAGGAGGUACGGAAAUGAGAGAUUGUUACGAGACCAUGUACGACACCACAUCAAUCUCUAUAAGUGUAAUGAGUGUGAUAUGACCUGCCCCAACAAGUCUGCACUUGCUGUACAUGUUCGAUACCGACAUACUAAAGACAAGCCACACAAGUGUCCACAUUGUGGCCGAGGCUUUACACUUAUUGCGGAUUUGACUCGCCAUCUGUUUGUCCAUUCUGAAGAGCCAGCCUAUGUCUGCCCUUACAACAAUUGUGAAUAUAAAUGCCGCUCAUCACCUACUCUGAACAGACAUAUUAAAAUGGUUCAUAAUGGCUUAAGAAAGGAUCACUAUGCUUGUCACAUGUGCAACUUAAAAUUCAACAUGGGAGAGGUAUUGACAAAACACCUGAUUAAAGAACAUGGGUUCCACUCUCCUGUAGGGCACACUCGGUUCAGAUACAAACAGGAUGAAGAUGGCUUUUAUAGAAUCCAAACAGUUAGAUAUGAAAGCAUUGAACAAACACAGGAAAUGUUAAAUGAGGAAGAAGAGAAUACUUUGCAAGAGGAAGAAGUGGAUUCACCUCAGCCAUCAUUACCUCCAUCUCCAUCUCCACCAUCACAAAACAUUAAGACUGGCUGGCUACCAUACAAGAGCACUAAGCGAGAAUACGUGUAUUCUAAUGAUUUGGAAAAACGUGUUAAUUUGAAGCCACCUAGAAGUGUAAAAACUAUUGAAUAUCAAGAAAUAAUUCUCCCAUCAGAAUUUUAGCUACCUACUGUGACCAUGGAGAGAGUUUCCUAAACUGAAUUGUGCAUUGCAUCUUUCAAGGAAACUGAUCAAAAAGGCCUAAACUCACAAGGGUCAUACAACACUUAAGUAAUAGCAAAAGAAAUAGUUACAUUGCGACAUUAGAUUGAACUAAAUAUGUACAUUAAAAUGCUUGCUUCAUCGUACUGUGAUUACCUCCUUUAAAAUUUCUUUUGCUGUGAUAUAAAAUGUAUUUGCUUUUAUAAAGUAAUAAAAUGUGGAGUUA